AUGAUUCCUUCUUUUCUGAAGGGUAAAAUUGAGCAGCCAACAAAUGCAUUCACCAGCGACGAUGAAUUGAGUGAAGAAGAUCGGAACAACAACAAACGAAAACUCGUCGAUAUGCUUCAAAAUCAAAGUUCAAGCGCAGUGUCAAAACUCAUCACCAAAAACAAGGAAAGAAAAGAAAAAGAAGAACAAGCAAAGAAGAAACAAAAAUUCGUCAAAGAAUCCAAUGCGAUGAAAGAAAUUGAAGAACGCAUUCAUAUGAUUGCAACGAGUUCUUCGUCUUCUUCAAAUAACAACAAUUCCAUUAUUGAUGACAAUGAUGAAUGGGAGGAAUUUACUCAAGAAACCGCUGUUGAGAGUGAUCACCAUGAAGAUGAUGAUGAUAUUAUGAGAGAAGAAGAAACAACAACAACAGCCAGUAGUUCCUCAACCUUACCUGAUGAACAAGAUGAUUCUCUUCAUAUUACUAUUAAAAAUGAAGAUUCGAAUGAAUUCAUAGAUUCCUCUUCUAAGGAUCCAUCCAAAAAGAAAGUAGUGAAUCGAAAAUCAAAACAUGAACAUCGACUCAUUUCAGUGAUGAAUUUGACUCAUUUGAUGUUAUAUUUUAAUUUUUAUUAUUUAUUGAAUGAAUACAUUUCAUCCAUGUGGGAAUGUGAAGAAGUGAAGGGACAUGUUUUAAGUUUAUUAUUACCAUUCACUCAAAAUUCUUCUUCUACUAGUAGUAGUAGUAGUAGUAGUAAUGGUACUAGCAAUACAUCUAUUCAUCCUCAAAACAAGACUCGCACUACAAAGAAGAAUACUAAAUCUACUACAAAUCCAACUCUAACAACGAUUGAUGCCUGUGUUGAAUGGGUCUAUGAGACAUUUACUUUUCACAAAUUUAAAAAACAUUCAUUUUACAAAAUACUGGUCGAUGAGAAAGAUGAAAUAUCUCAACAUUUGAAAAACCUUGAAAUUCAUAAUAUUUGCGAAUUGUACAUUGUCGUCAUGCUCGUCUUGAUCUACUCUGGGUAUACAGUGAGAUUUGUUGCGAGUUUGGAACUUCCAUCGUUACUUGAAAAGAAGAAGAAGAAGAAGAAACAUGAACAUUUUGAACAUGACAUUUGGUUAGAAGUGAAUGACCCAAAAGAACAACCACAUGAAACUCGUGUUCACUACACUACCAUUGAAUUGAAUCAAAAGGAACCCAAUAUUGAAAAUACGACAUUGAAUAUUGAAGGAGUUGAAAAACUUUACAAAAAGAUGAGCAAAACUUCAUGUGAAUAUCCUAUUGUGGUUGUUUCCUUUGAUUAUCUUGGAGGAAAUGUUCAUGAUUCAGACAUGAGUAAUGAUCAUUCUAAUACUAACCGUAACAUUGGUAGUAUUGGUAGUAUUGGUAGUCUUGGUAGUAUUGGUGAUAAUAGUAUUGGUAGUAGUAGUAAUGAUCAUCAUCAUGAUACUAACAACAACAACAACAACAGUGGUCAUAAUAGUCAUCAUCAUGAUCACUCCAACACACUCAAUGAUACUCUUUCCACUCGAUCCUCACCACUCCAUCUCUUCCAUUACAUCAUUCGAGAUGUUACUCCUAAACACUAUAUUUGUAAACAUCCAAGUACUUUGAUUGGAAAAGAGAAUUAUCAAUAUGUUGAGAAUGCCAUGAAAGAAUUGAUUCAUGAAAUUAAUGAAAAGAAUUAUUUGAAGCAUUUGAAAUGUUCAAGAACUCAUCCAUCGAUCCAUGAAGUAGAGCACUCGUCGACGAUUAUGAAUCCUCUCGUUGAUGCAAGUUCAACAACCAUUGAGAGUAGUAGUGUGAAUACCAAUACUGAUCCAAGGAAUAGCAAGCACAAUACUAAUAAUACUGCAAUCAACACAAUCACUCAAACACCAAAAGAUCCUACUCUUGUCAUUACCAUUGAGGAUGACAAGACAGAGGACCUCAUGCAAGAUGAUGUUAUUCUCAUACAUGCUCAACAACCACCACCUAUGAAUGAAUCCAAUGGUAUUGAAUCAACUCCUAGAAAUAUAGACUACUCUAAAAUUACUAAUCCAUUUAUUGAAAAAGACUCUUUGCUCAUUCAAAGCAUUCUCACUCAAAUGGAAUUGGAAGUUCCAUCUUCGAUUCAAGAUUUCCAAACACAUCCCAUUUAUAUCAUCGAGAAAUUUAUUCCAAAAUAUGAAGGAAUAUAUCCAAAAGAUAUUGAACCAGUAUGUGUAGUGAAAAGCCACAAUGUUUAUUUGAGAUCUUCAUUGAAACCUCUUCACACCAAAGAUCGAUGGCUCAGAGAUGAAAUGAAAAAAGUUAAAGAGAAUGAAAAACCUUACAAAAUAGUUAAGGCAGCCAAAUUUAGCAAGAAUUCAGAGUAUACCGAGUUAUUUGGAGAGUGGCAAACAGAACCCUAUUCUGUUCCAGUCGUUACGAUGAAUGAUCCAAUUCCCAAGAGCGAAAAGGGAACGUAUGAAUUGUGGAAUUCAAACUUUUUACCUCAAGGGUGUUCUCAUAUCAGUACAGCCAAUACUCCUUUGAAAGGUUUAACAACAGUAGCGCGAAAAUUAGAAAUUGACUAUGCAAGAGCAAUGGUAGGAUUUGAAUUUAGACAAAAACGUAGUGUUCCAAAAUAUGAUGGAAUUAUUGUUCACUCUGAAAAUGAACAAGUAUUGAGGGAGGCCUAUGUUGCCUAUGAAAAGAAACGACUUGAAAAGUUGAAAAAGAAGAGACAAGAUCGAAUUAUGAACAAUUGGUGUAAGCUUGUGAGAGGUUUAUUAGCAAGAGAGUAUGUCAAGGACAAGUAUUUGAAUAAGAAGGAAGAAGUAUUUUUGAGAGAUGUCAUUACCGUUGAUGAAGAGAUGUGCAAUGAAAAUGGUAGAAACAUCAUGUGCAAUGAAAACAGUGUUGGCAAUGAUUCCUCUUUGACUCUCAAUGAAGGAUCAGCCUCUUCUUCCACAUCUCCACCAAAAGUGCAACGCAUGCUUGCCAGUGGAAAAAUUGUCGAAUUUGAACAAUUGUAG